AUGACGACCUACAAAGCCUACCGCCGUAGCACAAAUCCCGGCCGCCAGACCCUCAUCCCGGUAACAGAAACGAUCCCCGCCCUCAAACCAAGCGAAGUCCUCCUGCGCAUCCACGCCGUCUCCCUUAACUAUCGAGACGUAGCCAUGAUGGAUGGAAAGUAUCCCGUGAAUGUCAUCCCUCACGGCAUCCCCGCCUCCGACUGCGCCGCCCAGGUCAUCGAGAUCGGGCCCGAAGUCAACCAAUUCAAGAUUGGCGAUCACGUUGCCCCAAUCUUCGAUCUGAAUAAUCUCACCGGCACCGAGGAUGAGAUGAGAGCACUAGGUGGUGAUGUGGACGGGGUAUUGCGACAAUUCGCAGUCUUCGAGCAGGAUGUCCUGCUCCAUCUCCCCAAGUAUUUAUCCUGGGAGGAAGCUUCAUGUAUACCCUGUGCUGGAACCACCGCCUGGAAUGCCCUCGCAAUGCCCCGAUCCCACGGCACAGCUCUCCUACAAGGUCUCUCAUCCCAUCCCAUCACAAUCCAGACCUUUAUAACCCUACCAAAUACAACCCCUUUUAUACUGACCUAUACCCAAAUCCCAGGAACCGGCGGUGUAAGCAUCUUCGCUCUCAUCCUGUGUCUAGCAACAGGCAUCCACCCGAUCAUCACAUCCUCCUCCGACAAGAAACUCUCCCACGCCCACUCUAUCGGACCAUCGGGCUCCAUCUCUACAAUCAACUACACCACCCAUCCAAAUUGGGACGAAGAAGUCCACCGCCUCACAAAGCGCGGCGUAGACAUCGUCAUUGAAAAUGUAGGCGUGACGACGAUCUCCAAAAGUCUCGCGAGUCUCGCGAGAAGAGGUCUUGUAUCUAUUGUUGGAUUUUUGGGCGGAUUUGAGGCCGCACAGGUUCCUGAUCUGAUGGGGCCGACUCUGAGGAAGAGUGUGACAAUUCGGGGUAUCUCGGUUGGAUCGAAGAUCGAUCAGAAGAAUUUGUGCGACUUCUUGAAUGAAAAGGAGGUUUCGCUGAGACCACUUUUGGAUCCAAGAGUUUUCUCUUUCGAGGAGAGUCAGGAUGCUUUUGAUUAUUUGUAUGCUGCUAAGCAUACGGGUAAGGUCAUUAUCAGGAUGUGA